AUGGUGCGAGGCUGGGAGCCGCCGCCCGGGCCGGACCGCGCGAUCUCUGAAGGGCACAAAUCAGAAGGCAGCAUGCCUCCUAAUAAAGAGGCCAGCAAUCUUAACACCUCCCCUGCGGGGCUCAUCUGCCUCCCCCCAAUCUCCGAGGAGCUCCAGCUUGUGUGGACCCAAGCAGCCCAGACCAGUGAGCUGGAUGGCAACGAACACCUGCUGCAAACCUUCAGCUACUUUCCCUACCCCAGCCUCGCAGACAUUGCCCUUCUCUGUCUACGCUACGGGCUGCAGAUAGAAAAAGUCAAGACUUGGUUCAUGGCCCAGCGCCUCCGCUGUGGCAUCAGCUGGUCAUCUGAAGAAAUAGAAGAGACUCGGGCUCGGGUGGUAUAUCACAGGGACCAACUCCAUUUCAAAUCCCUCCUCUCUUUUACUCACCAUGCAGGGCGGCCUCCAGAGGAGGUGCCCCCUUCUCCGUUGCCACCUCCAGAGCAAGUUAGUCUUGGGAUAGUGCCCCUGACUCUUAGUGAGCCCACCCACAUGAAAGGAUUGAAGGUAGAGCCUGAGGAUCCUUCAGAGCCCAUGAGUCACCUGAAAGCAAAGGAGCCUCUGAUGGCACCUGCCAGCGGGGCAUUCUCCCACCAAUCGGGAUUUUGGCAGGAUAUUCAAAGCAAUGAUCUCUCUAAGGAGCAGGCAGGCAGGGGUCCUGACCAGUCACACAGCCUAGGUACUGCUUCCUGGAACCACUCUGCAGCUGUCCACCAGCCACAAGCUCGGGACAAAGCCCCACCAAUCUCAUUACUUGCCAGUGGUUAUAAGCAGGGGUCAGCACGUAAUGUGACUCCUUCCUCUACCUCCUCUUCCUCUUUCCAGGUACUGGCUAAUGGAAUUACUGUCACCUCUAACCCCUCCCAACCACUGGGCUGUCUCCCACAGCCACUGUCACCCAAUGAACAGGCUCUACCCAUACAUGUGGAGCCAGCCUGGCCCCAGAGGCUAAGGCCUAACUCGGUACUAGGUAGCAUCGGCCCUGUAGAAUACCUUUCCCCAGAUACCCAGCGCCAGCGAAAGACCAAGCGAAAAACCAAAGAGCAGUUGGCUAUCCUCAAAUCGUUUUUUUUACAGUGUCAAUGGGCACGACGUGAGGAUUACCAUAAAUUAGAACAGAUUACUGGUUUACCUCGGUCUGAGAUUAUUCAGUGGUUUGGUGACACACGCUAUGCCUUGAAGCAUGGGCAACUAAAAUGGUUUCGGGACAAUGCAGUACCAGGGGCCCCUAAUUUCCAGGAUCCUGCAAUUCCCGCACCAUCGCCUUCAACCCGCUCUUUGAGUGAAUGGGCUGAGACACCACCUCUGCCAGUGCCCCCACCUCCACCGGAUAUACAGCCCUUGGAGAGGUACUGGGCAGCCCACCAACAGCUACGGGAAAGUGAUGUCCCUCAACUGAGUGAGGCGUCAAGGCUUAGCAUCCAACAGGUACUGGAUUGGUUUGAUUCUCGUUUACCUAAGCCAGCUGAGGUGGUGGUUUGUCUAGAUGAAGAGGAGGAAGAGGAGGAAGAAGAACUGCCUGAAGAUGAAGAGGAGGAGGAAGAAGAGGAUGACAGCGAGGAGGAUGAUGAUGGUGGUGAUGAUGAUGUGAUCAUACAGGACUGA